AUGUCACAGAUAUUGACAUCGCGUCAGGCUGAGGAGCUACACCGAGCCCUCAUCGCCUACCUAAGCUCCAACAACCUCCCAAGCACCGCGACCGCGCUACGCGCUGAGCUCGGCCUUGGCGAAGAUGUCUUUGAUGCUGCCACCGCGAAAAAGUACGAAGGCCUAUUGGAAAAGAAGUGGACGAGUGUUGUGCGGUUACAAAAAAAGAUCAUGGACCUCGAGGCGCGCAAUGCUGCUCUUCAGGCAGAGCUCGACAACGCGACACCGACAUCCCGGCAAAACAAGGAUCCAGUGAACUGGCUGCCCAAAUCGCCGGCGCGGCACACCCUCCAAUCACACCGAAACCCCAUAACCUGUGUCGCCUUCCAUCCAGUCUUUUCCUCGCUCGCAUCUGGCUCCGAAGACCAAACAAUCAAGAUAUGGGACUGGGAGCUUGGGGAACUGGAACGGACUAUUAAGGGGCACACCAAGGCCGUCUUGGAUGUUGAUUUUGGAGGGCCACGUGGGAACACACUCCUUGCGUCAUGCAGUUCUGAUCUUACUAUCAAGCUUUGGGAUCCAUCCGACGACUACAAGAAUAUCCGCACGUUGCCCGGCCACGACCACAGCGUCAGCGCUGUUCGAUUCAUCCCAUCCGGCGUCGCGGGCGGCGCUGGCAACCUCUUAGUUAGCGCCAGCCGGGACAAAACGCUACGGAUUUGGGAUGUGAGCACCGGGUACUGCGUCAAGACAUUGCGGGGCCACGCCGAAUGGGUGCGUGAUGUUUGCCCUUCGAUCGAUGGCAGGUUCAUCUUGUCAACAAGCGACGACUACACCAGCCGGCUGUGGGACGUAUCAGUAGCAAAUCCGGAGCCCAAGACGACGCUAAUCGGCCACGAACACGUCGUCCUCUGCUGUGCGAUCGCUCCAGCCGCUUCAUACCCCCACCUGGCUGCGAUUGCAGGUGUCAAGAAACCACCUGCCACGAGCGCGGUCGAGUUUAUGGCGACUGGCUCGAGAGACAAGACCAUACGGUUAUGGGAUGCUCGAGGCACCUGCAUCAAGAUUCUGGUUGGGCACGACAACUGGGUGCGGGGCCUGGUCUUCCAUCCGGGCGGAAAGUAUCUGCUCUCGGUGGCUGACGAUUACACGCUGAGGUGUUGGGACCUCACGCAGGAAGGGAGAUGCGUCAAGACGAUAUCCGACGCGCACGGCCACUUUGUGCAAUGCAUUCGAUGGGCGCCCUCCGUCGUCAAGGAUGUUCUCGUGGCUAACGGCGCCGAAGGGCAUGGCGGUGAGGCGAAUGGGACGGGCAAGAACGGUGCGGCACCUGCGGAGGCGCAAAUACGCUGCGUGAUCGCAACGGGUAGCGUGGAUCUUAAUGUGAGGAUAUUCGCCAACUAG